CUUCAACUGCUGCCAAGUUGAAGCAACUGACAUUUGGCGACGAAAUGUUUUAAACUUGAGGUGUUACGGCGUUAUAAAACUAUUUCUGGGACAGAUGUUAGCAUUUCAGUCGCAGCUGUUGGAUAGCGCUAACGUUAGCGUCCUCUGGUAGCAAUGACUGACAGCUGAGGACAGGCUCGGUAUGAAGUUACAAGACGGAAGGUAUUGCAGUAACGGUAACAUCCACUGAUAGACAUUUAAGAUGAGGAAUUUCGGCCUCGUCAGACAAUAGGCGACCGUGUUGGCGUCGUCUCCAGUUGCAAAAAUACUUUGUUAGGUUAGUCUGAGGAGUUAGGUGACCAACAAGGGCAAUGGUUUUACGUUUUGUUAAUCCCUUAAGGGGCAGUCGCUUCUGUUCCUUUCCUGCACGUCUGACACUAAACCUCCACUUCUGCAAACAAGCUGGACAUCCUCUGAAGAAGCCAGACUUUGUGUCCUCUCAGAUCAGCUGUCAUAGAGCAACAGACUGUGUUCAUUCCAGAGCCACUCCGACAGAUCCACCACUCCUGUUAUGUAGUAACAGAAGGACAGUGUGUUUUCACCACAUCAGUCCCCAGACCCGGUCGCCCCUGCACUCCGGUCCUGUCCUGACACAGUGCGGACACUACUUCCACACCUCAGCCCCCGUGAGAGCCCUACCUGCUCCUGUCUUCUGGCUGGUGCUCAAACCUCUGCAGAAGAUCAUGGCUAUAAUACUGGGCAGGAGUAUAAGGAAGUGGUGGGUGGCUCUACCAGCCAACCGCCGGCAGCUCAUGCGCAAAUGGGCCUGGCAGCGCCGCUGGCAUCUGGCAGCUGGGGCAGGUGUUGCUAUGGUGAUUGUAUCCCUCCUUCUCCUGACCCACCUGGACGAGUCCCCAGUGACAGGACGGAUCCGCCUCCUGGUGUUCAGCAAAGAGAGCUACAUUGAGCUGGCAGCUCUGACUUCAGAGGCGUACAUGGAGAAGUUUGCAGAGUUGCUGCUUCCAGUCACAGACCCUCGUCACCAGGUGGUGGACCGGGUGGUGCAGCACCUGGUACAAAGAAACAAGGACAUCCCUGAAGUGUCUGAUGUCACCUGGAACGUUCACGUGGUGCAAACUCCCGACAUCAACGCGUUUGUCCUCCCGAACGGAGAGGUGUUCAUGUUUACGGGCAUGCUGGACGCCAUGGCAGAUAUUCACCAACUCACCAUUAUCCUGGGACACGAGAUGGCUCAUGCUUUAUUGGGACACUCUGCAGAACAGGCCAGUCUGUCUCACAUUUUGGACCUCCUGUCCCUUAUUCUGCUGACAGCCAUCUGGGCCAUUUGUCCUCGAGACAGCCUGGCUCUGCUGGGACAGUGGGUACAGGACAAGCUUUCCCAGUUGAUGUUCAGCCGUCCCUACAGCAGAAAACUUGAGGCUGAGGCCGAUCAAGUCGGACUGCAGUUGGCCGCUAAGGCCUGUGCAGAUGUGCGAGCAGGCCCUGUGUUCUGGCAGCAAAUGGAAAUCAGAGACCAGCUGACAGGAGAACCCAACAUCCCUGAGUGGCUGUCCACACACCCGUCGCACAAGAACAGAUUUGCUCAGAUGGACCGCCUCAUACCACAGGCACUGGAGCUGAGGGAGAGCUGCGUCUGCCCUGCUCUGCCUGCUACUGACCCUCGUGCCGUCUUCUCCGAGAGCGUCCGUGUGCUGCUGGAAAAUGCUAAGGACCAGGGGAGAGCAGGGAAAGGAGGUGCACGCAAGCCCCAGCUGCCACACGGCCCGGCCUCAGUCCCCACCGGGCUGCCUGCAGCUCUGCCUGCACAAACUGCACUUCUCCCUUCCCCAAACAUGGAUCAAAAAAGUAGCGGCCUGGUCCUGCUCACAGCUUCAGAGUCAGCAGUCGCAGCUUCUGCUCCUGCUGAAGCGGAACGAUCCAAGCAUGUGGUGCAGAGCUGACCUGGGUGUCAAAUCCCCCGAAACUUCUGCAAAGCAGUUUUUCAUAGACUGGCUAUUUAGAUGAGUGAGUGGGAGAGUGAGUGAUUUGGUAUAUUGGUCAGCUAGCAUAUUCAUGCCAGGACAAGUGGAGUUUGUAUGACAUUAAUUGCUAGGGACAUUGUAAAUGUGGAGAAAAUCUGGAAAUGUUUGGAAAACAUCUGCAAAAAUAAAUAGAAAAAGAAAAAAAAAA